UACACGAGCUAGGCGGUUUCGCAUUGGUUCCGUGUGGGUGUUUUAUUUUUAAUCAAGUGUAUUUUAUAGUCUUAUCACCAGACGUUUAGAUAAUUUGAAAAAUAUUUCAAGCCAGACCUUGUGGUGUUAUUGAAGUUUGAGAUGCGAAAUACAACGAUACAACGAGUAGUAAAAUGAAUAAGCAAAGAUAAUAUUUGUUUUCUACACUCAUAAUCAACAUCAGCAUGAAAAAUCAGCAUGGAUUAUUUCAAUGACAGUUGGUCACCAAACGAAGAAGCUGCUUUGAAAUGCAGGUCUUGGUACGAAUGGGAUGAUCUUUGGACAAACGGGUGUAAUGCAUCAUCAGAUUCAUUAAUAUGUUGGCCUCCCACGCCGGCUGGUGUAAUCGUAUAUCAGCCAUGUUUUCAAGAGCUCAGAGGAAUAUUAUACGACACAACUAAAAAUGCAAGUAGGAUAUGCUACGAGAACAAUACUUGGGGACUAACCGAUUUUAACGAGUGUACAAUACUUGGUGAGCCAAAAGCAGUGACAUACGAUGAAGAAGGCACUGUUGAUACAAUAAUUUAUUUGUAUAUAGCUGGUCAUUGUCUAUCCCUAAUAAUGACAACGCUGGCCAUUUUUGUAUUCUGUCGAUUUAAAGAACUGAAAUGUUUGCGUAACAAAAUCCACUCAAAUUUAAUGGCAUCGUACUUAUUAGCAGGCAUCAUGUGGAUACUUAACUACACUAACUUGACCGACACGGGGACAUUUAAAUGCGCUUUGUUGGUGUUACCACUUUACUAUUUCACCAUGACAAAUUAUUUUUGGGCGUUUAUCGAAGGAAUGUAUUUAUUUAUAUUGGUCGUGGACACAUUUUUUCCAGACAGAGUGCGAUUACGAACAUAUAUGGCUAUUGGAUGGGGAAUACCAUUGAUCAUUAUUCCCACUUGGUGUGUCACAAAACUUUUGGUACCGACUAAAAACGACUUGGAUUUGUACAACCAGAUCACUUACGAGAGAUACUGUCCGUUAAUGGCCUCAUACGUUGACGAUUGGAUAUACCAGUCGCCGAUAGUUAUCGUCCUGCUGAUCAACUCUGUGUUCCUUGUAAAAAUUAUGCGGGUGCUAAUAACAAAAAUACGGUCGACGAAAUCCGCAGAAACGCACAACUACAAAAAGGCCACUAAAGCUCUUUUAGUGUUGAUACCACUAUUGGGCAUCACUUUCUGUUUGGACAUGAUCAAUCCCAGUUCCACAGGACUACUGGUUAAUAUUUACAAAUUCAGCAAAGUUGUAAUUAUCAGUACACAAGGGUUCACCGUCUCGUUACUGUAUUGUUUCUUCAACAAUGAAGUUCAAAGCACAUUGAAAUACCACAUUUCUAGAUGGCAAGCGAAGCGGAAAUUCCUUGCUUCGAGAAAAAAAUAUGGCCGGUCUUGGUUGUCGGUAAAACCAAACAAUAUAAUAUGUGAUCAUCAGUUGGAUCCAAAGGAACUUAUGCCGUGGAUACCAGCGAACAACGUUAGGUCAUCGUCUUGCGUCAGUAACGACACGACUACCUCAGCGUUGUCAAACAAGAGACUGCCCCCGGAUACGACAAUUGAAAUACCGCCGCAUCCAGAACAACAACCACUAUAUGAGGACACGAAAUAUUAUGUUGGAGACAACAGUGAACCAUAAUAAUAUAGUCGUUGUAUUGUAUUUAAUUAAGUAACUUGAUAAAGGCAUCGAAUAUAAACCGAGUAGUAUGUAAAUGUUUUUGUCCUGAGCUUUUAUCAUUAUUAUUGCUGUGGAGUAAAUUAUAUAUUAUAUUAGUAAUGUAUUUUUUUUAUACGUUGUCAAGAAAAUUACAA